AUGGGCGGCGCGAACGGGAAAAGCAAGAAGAAGAAGUCGCCUCGGGAUGGGAAAUCCGGAGGGAAGAGUGCGAAUUAUAAGAAGACGGGGAUGAAAGGAGGAGGAAUGAGUGGUGGUGAUAAUGCGACGAACAAAAACACAAACGGUAAAAGUUCAACCGCGCGGGCGUUAGAAACACAAAUUGAAUCCGCAUUGACGCACAUCUCGUAUGAUCGCAUCGAGCAGGGUUUGUUGGAAUUGAAAGAUAUUUGUAAGAAGAAUUCAACGAACGUGGAUGCGUUGGAAACGUACGCGUACGCGUUAGCCGAGUACGGGGACCAAGAAGAAGCGCUGGACGCGUUGAGAGACGCGGCGAAGGCGAAUCCGGACAGCGGGUACGAGAAGUUUAUGUAUCUCGGGCAGUUGUUGGACGACGGGAAAGCGGCAACGGCGUGCACAAAGAAAGGGUUAGAUUUGUUGGAAGAACAAAUGAAAAAAGGGGACGCGCCGGUGGCGGAUAGGCACUGUUCGGCGUGUUGCGCGUUGGCGGAACAGAUUUUGGGAUGUCGAGACGAAGAAGACGGGAUGGACGGCGAUAACGCGGUGGACGACGAGACGGCAAAAGCCGUGGAGGAAUUACUCAAAAGAGCGCAACAAUCGGAUAAAGAAAGCGCGGAGCCGAUGCAAGUGCUGGCGUGUUUGCGAAAUGAGCAAGGGAAGAAGGACGAGGCUUUGAAAUAUUUGAGAGAAAGCAUCGCCAAGUGGAGGAAGCCGAUGCAGUUGGUCCAAGAGACGAAGAAAGAGAGAGAUAUUUACGAACGAAAGAGACCGGCGCCGGGAGCGAAAGAUUACGCAUCCUCGUCGGAGGACGAUAUGGAGAAAGAAGAAGAAGAAGAAAAAGACGACGACGACGAUGAAGAAUACACGCCGAGAUUCCAAGACUACGAGGUAAGUUUUGAGUUUCGAUUCGAAACCGCCAAAUUGUUGUUGGAAAUCGACACCUCCGCCGCGCUCGCGAUUGAAAUUCUCGAAGAGCUCUUAGAAGAGCGCGACGGUAUCGUCGACGUCUGGUAUUUGUUGGCCUACGCGCAUUACGGCGCUAAUGAAUUGGACGAUUCGUUGGAGAUUAUCGAAAUUGGCGAAAAACUAGCUGCAAAAUCGAAAGAUACCGGCGUCCUUCAAGAGGCCGAAGCGGAAGGCGCUUUGAUGAACUUCGCCGAGUUGAAACACGUCAUCGAAGAAGUAAGGAGGGAGUGCGAUGAACAGGUCAAAUAA